CCAGAUGUAAGUGGGCAGAACCUGCUGCACAGUCUCACCUCUCUGUUUUCAAAAUAUUCCAACAAGCAUGACUGUUUUGAUCCCAGGUUUGAUGUAUUUGAGGUUUAUGGACAGCAGAAUGUUCUGGUGAUUACAAUGAAGUGCAGCAAAUGCUGGAUAAUGUUGGAUGGCAUCUGCAGGUUCCUAGGAAUCUCUACAGCUGCAGUGUCAACUGGCAUCGGAAUCGAAACUCUACAACAGGGGCAGUUUCCCAGUUUGGGUUAUUAUUUAUUAUUUUGUUCAUGUAUAUUGUUUGUCUGCGAGGGAUCCUUCUUCUUACACCUAUUCCUCACAUCGUGUUUCAGAUGCCAGACAGAGCCUCGUCUUUAUGUGUGCUUAGGAAAAACAGGACGCAUGACAGGAUUUCAAAAAUUUGUGGGAUAUGGCCUGCUGUCAGUGGCUUGCUUUUUGCACCCAGUUUUGGUCUGGCAUGUUACUAUUCCUGGCACGAUGCUUAUUGUAACAGGUGUGGCCUAUCUCCUUCUAAGCAAGAGAAAGAAAUUCGACAAGGAAUUCAUAGCUCAAGCAGAAUGCUAUUCUGACACAUCCAGAACAGCCAUUGCAAUGACCGGAGCUGGUAAAACAGAACAAACCUAUACAUUCAAUAGCUCCGUGAAGGCAAAAAAUGACUCUCGUCUUACACAGAUGAGACGUAUACUGAAAGUCAAAUGGAACCAUCAGUGUCCCCAAAAAACAGACUCUGAUCACGUGCACAAUCCUACUGAUAUUGUCGCUAUAAAAAAACAAGUGCAUUUUGAAGUCAACAUUAUCCCUGUUGAGGAUGGGAUGGUGGAGGAUCAAGAAAGUGAGCAAGAGGAGACCAUGUCAGACACGCUUCAGAACACCUUGCCUGUAAUUAAAGGCCUUUUCUAAUGGCAAGAUGUGUGCUAAUAAUAUAUACACAGCCAAACAAACCUCAGUGCAAAAUGAACACAUAUAUAGCACAGGACUGGUUAUUUCCUGUAUAUUUUGUGCUACAUUCCAGUGUCUUUAUGAGACAAUGUUUCUGUUGUUUUUAUUUUCUUAUACUGCAGGAUAACAUAUACAUUCUUCAUGCAUAUUUUAUAUAUAAGUUAUUUAAGCUUGUUGAUCUCUUUGUAAUCCAACAUUUCUCAGAACCUUUAGCAUGGCACACAAUCAUUUUGAUCACCACAGUCUCCACAUGGGGAACCAAGACAAUCAAAAUGUUCUUUUUUACUAGUAUCCACUUUCCUUUUAGUUAAAUGGAAUAUGCACUGUUUAUGGUAAACUCUUGUUCUGGUAGGUGGGUAUCAGUCAGAAACAUUGACUUCAACAUUCCGUUAAGGGAAAAGUCUUUAUUUUACAGCAGUGUUCAGAACUUACAUAUACCUGAAUAAAACACCAUACAAUUAACAUUAACCGGAAGGUAUAAUUAGAUGAGAACAAUGGAACACAAUGUUUUUUGACCUUAAAAUAUAUCAACUGACAUACAAAAAUAAAUGCUAAUAACCAAUACAAAGAGGGCUCUGCCGAAAAGAGCUUACAAUCUUCUGCUUUAGAAGAAAAAAAUGCAAAGUAAAAGAUACCGAUUUUUACAAUACGAGUUAGAACAAAAAUAUGAAAAUAUUGUAGCAUUAGAAUAUAAAAUACUCCACUUCCCAUUAUGGUAAAUGUUUACCAUUACCACAAAGAGACUUAGUUACUGCCCCAAAUCCCCAUGUACAUGAGCCCUACAAUUCCCAUCUACCACAAAGAUUUAUAUAUAUUUUGACAUUUUGACUAGAGUAAUCAUGCUGAUAAACUCUCAAACAAAUGAUUACUGUAAACAGAAGAUUUAUAUUUUAUAUUUCAGAAAGAAUUAAAGCCGGUAAAGAGAAAAACGUUGGCCUUUUAUAUAUGACUUUCAUGUAAAUAUGACUUUUAUGUCACCUAAUAAAUGUUGACUGGCUAAAAUAAUUACUAUGAUGAGGAACUGGUUCUGGAUAUCAAAUGCUUUAUAGGGGUGAUUCACCUUUAUGUUAAAUUUUGUAUGUUAUGGAAUUGCAAAUUGUCUCUGAAUUUUCUCUACAAGCAGUGUGAUGUCAGUUUUUUAAAAAAAAGUUUUACAAAUUUCAUUCUUUAGUGAAAAGCUGAUAUGGUACUCUGUCUAAGUCAUAAAAAAUUAAGGGACAAGCCCAAAAUGUAUUUAAAGGAAAUACACAACUGUCUUACUCAAUAAUCAACAUAAAGGGGCAGAUUUAUUAUAUGGUGUUUAAAAACAGAGGAAUAAUUCACCAUAUAUCUCCUGGUAUCGGCAUGUAAAAAAAUCAUAAAAAUGGCUUCAUUUUUUUAUGCUCUUUUUCUUUAAACAACUUCAGCCAGAACUUACUUACAAAGGUCUGAAGCAGACCUGCGGCAAAUCUGGCAUUCGCAUGGUGUAAAAUAAAACACACCUUGACAAAUUUGCCCUUUAAAUAGGCUCCAAAGAGUAAUAAUAUUGACCUGAUAGUUAUUCUCUUUUUGUCCAUAGAUAUGUUUAUGAUAUCAUUCUAACACUGAUUUUAAUUAUAAUGAUAUAUGAAUAAAUUAGGGAAAUAAAAUAAAAAGCAGAGGUUGAUCAUGUUAGCAAUGUCUUGAGAUGUAGCAUAAAGGAUCUGUCUUUAGUUUACACACUAGCGCUAAAAGAAUGUUAUUAAUGAUGAGAAACUCCUUGGAGUAAAUGAUGGAUCAAUUUAGGGCGAAGGGGUUAUCAAUGUAAUGGCUUGAACACUCUGGGGACAAGGGCUGCAGGGGAGGCAGAAGCUCCUGUGACUGUCUAGUUGGCAGAUUUUCAAAACAAUAAGAUAAAUUAAAGAUGUUUCAAAAGAUGAAUACAUUUCAUUUACCAGUUACUAUGUUAAAAAUAGCAUGUCUUAAAGUGAACCUCACACAUUUUUGUAGAUUUUUUUUUAUUUAACUAUAUGUUUAAAUGUAUUACAUGUUUUUGGUGAGCUUUCCUGACACAGGUCUUCCUAGUUUCGCCUAUGAUGUGCCAUUUAAAGGAAGGCUUUAUGUAAGGGAAUGCUGGGGAAUACAUUAUUGUCCUUCAAACUGCAUGUGUCUUAUAUGCCGAUGCAUAUUUUUAUAAUUCCAUAGUUAUAUCCAUUUAUGUCAAGUUAAUAAGAUACUGGUAAGAGAAAAGAUUUUUCAGAUUUUUUUGUAUUAGUUAUUUGAAAACACAGCCUUCACUAAAUUGUAGAAAAUGGUUGGUAAUAAAUAUUAUACAGAAGCAGCAUAAUCAAGUAUAGCAUGUGGUAUUCAGCAAUUUCUCCCAGUGGGUGAAACAGAGAUAACCAAAGGGAAAAUAUGCUUUCUUCACUUGUAUGGGUUUUUUUUUUAAUAAAUAUGCCCAGGGUGAGUAUGUCACUCAAAUAUCACUAUAUUUUUUGAUGACAAGCAACCAUUAAAUAUCGUCAGAGUGUCAGUACUCUUUCAUUAUGCGGAAACCAAAGUGGCAUCUUAGCUAUAUAUUGCCAGCAACCAGCACAACCACCUGCUCUUCAGCCUUAAUAAAUGGAGCUUAUGGGUGAUAGUAUGGCAGGACCAAGAAGAUUUUCCUUCCAAGACAAUGUGAGUUCAACAAAGUUAUCCAACAAUAACUGCUAUACUGGCAAAAUUGAAUGUGCGUUUGGGUUUGCUGUUUGGGCUUUACACUUAAAUGCACAAUACUCUGUGAAAACAUGACACAAAACUAAAACAGAAAUUUAUAUGACAAUUAAAAGUUAACUUAAAGGUGAACCAUCCCUUUAUGAGCAUGAUAACAAUUGCACUGUGGUUAUUUAUAAAGUGGCCAUUUCAUUUUACAAUAAUUAAAGCAGAGAAACCGACCAGGUUAGGGUGAGAAGGAGCCAAAAAGCACUUCACGAUGCAAGACAUGCAGUGUAAAGCCUUCUGAAAACAGAAGGUAUUUACAUCCCUCAUGCUACACACAUAGUAACAUA